GCCACCAUGGAAACGAGUUAUGAGGCGUCUACUGCACCGGGAUUCCUCUUCCGCCCUCCCCUGUGAACACAGGGCUCCAUUUACCGCCUCCGCCGCGAAGCCUGCGCGUGGCCUCCGAAAUGCAUGCCCCUGCCGAGAGAGCAGUACACGGCCUUCGAGACGGGAAACGUGGCGCUCCGGUGCCAGCUUCGGUGACAAUUGCUCCCUCGCUUGCCACCUACUCAGUGGCAUGUGCUCAGCGACCCAAGUUGGCGAGAGGUUCAUUGAAGUUGGCGACAGGUUCAUUGGGACGUUUAUCGUGGUGCUGAGCGAGAAUACUGUUCAAGUGCCUCAGGAACUUGCGGUUUCAAACCUUGAGGACUGGGAAGGUAAUGUGGUCGGCGCAACACUACAAACCAGAAAGGAAUCGCUACAGCGCUUGCAGCAACUUCACAAAGGAGAUACACUGCUCAAGGAGCCUCAAGAUGAAAAGGUGCUCGUGAUGUUCCUUCGCUCGCGAAAGUACGACGUUACGUCUACGUUUAGAGCCAUCGAGAACUACUUUCGGGCUCGUAAAGAUAUCCCGGAGUUCUUCAGAAAUCUUACACCGGCCAAUAUUCCAUACAAGACUGUCUGCACAGACAAUAGGCUCAUGUUGGUUUCUAAAGAAAAGGAUUAUCUGGGAAGAUCAGUGGGGCUGCUGCGAAUAGGAGCAUGGAAACCCAGCAUCUGUUCGCUUACAGAACUCACGAGAUGUCUGCUUGUCCUCACUGAAAGCCAUUUGACCGAAGAGGAAACGCAGAUUAAAGGUUUCGUGAGUGUCUUCGAUGUGGAAGGGCUGAGUCCGUAUCACCUGGCACACCUGACUCCCCGGUACUUCAUGAAAAUACUUCACGUUCUCCAGGACUGCCUUCCGCUAAGGACAGAAAAAAUAUAUGUCGUGAACAACCCACCAAUAUUCGCUGUCUUAUUUGCUGUGGCGAAGCCGUUCUUGCAUAGGAAGCUCCUGAGCAAAAUCGAGCUGCUUGGUUACAACUUCAGCAAGCUUCUGGCCGUAGUACCAGCCGACAUAAUACCUAAGAGACAUGGAGGUACUCUUGAAGACUUUGACUACCACAGCCAAGAGACAUUCAUAGAACAACGAAGCCCCUACUUUGAGCAGAUGGAUCGUUGCGGUUACUAAACUGUAAU